AUGCUCGCCGCCUUCUGCACUUUCGUCGCCGUCAUCAUCUUAACCGCGUCCGCCCUAGCCGCCGGCGUCGUCAAGUCCGAACGUUUAAAUCUUGUACUCAGUGGUGAUUAUGUAAACAAUUCACGCGGAGGCAAGAGGCAGAUGUUCGAAAAAGACGACAAGAGAAACGGGCAACUCCAAGGGGUGCUGGGAACGAUUCAACUCACAAGCUUGGUGGAUGGCUCUACUACUUCCCUCGUUCUCAACAGCCAUACCUUGACUCUGGACGAAUCGCACACGAGCGGGACACCAAUAUUCAUGGCUCUGUCAACUCAGCCCCAAGUUCCAUAUGUGCUUGACAGGUCGGUGGCAGCAGUCACUCUCCUAGUAGAAGGACCCUUCAUGACCCCGCGCUGCGUUACCGCCGAUGCUGACCCAGCGCAUACCGGUGGGCCGUUGACGGUAGAACCCUGCUUCGACUUCAACGGCGCCAAGGCACACAAAACCCAAGUUUUCCAGUAUGAGAAGGUCACAGGCCUCAUCUACGUGCAAUGGGACAAUGUAAAGGUGUCGUUUGUUACCCUCGUCCCGCCCGUACCGAAGACCAAGGAUGACAAGGAUUCUUCGAGCGCCGACGUGACCACGGCGAAUACCGCAACAGCGUCACGGAGGAUAGCGAUCUUCGACGAGGAGUGGGACCUUGACGGUGAUGGAAAACUAGAUGACGAAGAGUUUGCCUUGACAGUUUUUGAUACACAACUACUGCGCCCGAACGCCAAUUUAUAUUUUCCUUCACAGGACAUCUGA